UAGGGAGCACUCAUCGUGAUUUCCGUACAGCGAUAAAACAAAGAGCUAGAAUUUUGAAGCCAGCGGACAAGCUAGUAAGCGGUACAAUUUAGUUAUUUCAACAUUCCAGGUACAAGAUGGCCACCAAGGUUAAGAUCGGCAUUAUCGGAGGAUCCGGGUUGGACGACAGUCAGAUCAUUGAGAAUCGUACCGAGCGCGUGGUAAACACACAUUUCGGCAUACCGUCCGAUGUGCUUAUCGAGGGAAAGAUUGCCGGCGUCGAUUGUGUGCUGCUGGCACGCCACGGCCGCAACCAUUCGAUUAUGCCGUCGAACGUAAACUAUCGGGCCAAUAUUUGGGCGCUGAAAACGCUCGGCUGCACGCACGUGAUCGUAUCGACGGCAACCGGUUCGCUGAAGGAGGAGAUACACCCGGGCGACAUCGUGAUUCCGGACAACUUUAUCGAUCGGACGACGAAACGCGUGCAAACGUUUUACGAUGGUAAUGAGCUGCUUUCGGGCGUGUGUCACAUCCCGAUGGAACCGGCAUUUUGCAAUCGUACGCGGGAUGUGUUGAUCGAAACGGCACGCGGCAUUGGGCUCGGUGUGCACGAGAAGGGUACGGUGGUAACGAUCGAGGGGCCACGCUUUUCGAGCAAAGCAGAAAGCAACCUGUUCCGUCAGUGGGGUGCCGAUUUGGUUAACAUGACGCUGGUGCCGGAGGUCGUGCUGGCUAAGGAGGCCGGCCUUUGCUAUGCCGCGAUUGCCAUGGCAACCGAUUACGAUUGCUGGAGAGAAACGGGCGAGGAUGUGAAUGUGGCGGAUGUGUUGGCAACAUUUAAGAAGAACGUUACCAAGGUAACGGAUCUGAUUAUAAACGCCAUACCGAAGGUAGCUGCGCUCGAUUGGACUGAUACGAUCGAAGAGCUGGGGAAAACGGUAAACACAAGCAUUAUGCUUCCUCACUCUAAUUAA